CUUAAGUAUUUGCAAACUGGCCCCACCCUAGCACCCUGUUAUAUUCCGACCUUUACCAUAGACAUUAUAAAAGAAUAUUAUGUCAUAGUUAUCUAUUUGGCUGUAUACAAAUACUUUUUGGGAAUAAAUAUAUUUUAGAAAAAUUAUAAUCCACUUAAUUGAUGACAUUUGAAAUCUCAUAGAAAUAAUUCUGACAAUUAUAACAUAUGAACUAAGCAAAAUAUUGGAAUAUCGGUGAAUCUUUUUUUUUAAAAAGUCAUGUGAAAAUUGAAAGUGCUUAUUAGAGCAUAUGUCGUCUAAAUAUAGAGGUCGAGUGUGAGAACCUACUGAGUGUAUGACAAAUUAUCAGAUAAUAACAACUGUGUCAUUUCUGUUUUCUGAAUCAUGUGUUCUAUGUUACUUCCUUCCAGGACAAAGUUGUGAACAGUAUAACAACGGAUCUUUCUUUUCGGAAAAAUAUCACCAUUUCACCAUUUUCGAAAAAGAAAGAUAGCAGAAAAUGGGAAGAAUCAUUUUUCGGACUUUUAUGAUCAGGAAGUUGAUCUACAUCUUCUUUGUGCAGUUAAUCAACUACAAAGCUUUAUGCAAAGUCACUACAAAUUCUAAGAAUGAUAUGUGUGUCCAUGCUUGGAAAUCAAAUUUAGGGGCAACAAACAGUUCCAUCCACCAGUUAACAAAUCAUCUUCAGAAGUUAGAAAACUUAAUACGUGGUGUUUUAUCCUCUAAAACAAAUACAGGAUCUACAAUGAAAGUUGACCUUGAAAAAUGCACCAGAAAUACAGAUUGCAAAAUCAAAACUAUCUCGGACAAAACGAAAAAGGAUUCAUUGCUUAUCUGUAUAAAGAUACUAGAUACAGAUACUUGUUACAAAUCAAACUGUUCCAUUAAAGAACGACAUAAGAGAGGAAUAGAUACCAUAGUAGACACUAAUGAGACUAGUGAUCAGAUAAAAAAAAGUUUAAAAGAUGUCGAUCUGUCCUGUAACUUUGAAAAAGCUGGGGACAGAUACGAAGAAGACAAACCUGUUAACCUGAGUUGCCAAAAUGAGUCAAGACAUCAUGCGAUUCUCAGCACGAAUAACGUAAUUAAUAGCUUCCAAGACACAUCGACAAUCAAGCCAGGAUGUAUAAGUAAUUCACAAACUACAAAAGAAACGAAUGCAGAAAUAUACGUCAUGAUCUGUUUAGGUGGAACAUUGUUUGGAUUACUUAUAGGAAUUUUUGGCACGUGUGUAUUUCUAAAAAGAGUGCCGAAAAAUAUUACAGUGAAUCUAGAUAUACAUAGAAAUAAUAACAUUCCUGGAACAGACACAUUGAAUGAUAUCCCAGAAUAUUCAGAAAUUCCUUGCACUCGCGAAUAUUUCAAAGUAGAGGAAACUUUUCUAUCAGGAGAAAAAACAGAAGAUUUUAGGAAACACCGUGAUGAAGAUAACAAACUUCGUAAAUAUCUUCAGACAUCACCUUCUAUGAUUGUACAAGUAGACAUAAGUGAACCCCUUUUUCAAAGCAAUUCGUACCCAAAAAUGGAAUUACAAGAAAGUAAUGAAUAUGUAGAACCACUGUGUCACGAAUAUCGCCAUCUGAUACCAAUGAACACUAUACGUGAUGUUAUCAUGGAACAUGCAUCAACUUCUUUCACUAAACAGGUAGACAUAAGUGAACCCUCUUUUAAAGAUGAGUCUUAUCCAAAACAGGAAAUGACACACAGGAACACUACAAAUGAAACCAUGCAACCUCAGGAUCAAAAAGAUAAAGAUUAUUUAUCAAAUACAGAAGUUACAGAAACAGAUAUAAACACAAAUGUUGUGCAACAAAAUUUGUUUAUGUCAGGUAUUUCUCAAAAACGAAAAGUAGGAGAGACUAAAAUGUGUACUUCUAAGGAUGAAAGAGAAGCAGCAGACUCUGUUUACUUUGUUCUAAAUACAGAAUAUCCAAAUUCAACUGAGGAUGAUGCCACAUCAGACAAAGUAAAUGGUAAAUUGUGCGUUGAGCUAGAAAAAAUAUUUUGACCCCCCCAGUACUAGUGAUGAUUUACAUUUUAACAUGUACUAGUUUGAUAUGACAUGGAAAAAUUUCCAAAUCAGGAAAAUUAAUAUAUUUACUCAUACAACAGAAGAGACUUCAGAAUGUUGAUUGUUUUCGAGAUGAUUUUAUCCCCUCACAACAUAUUUGGACUUUGAAGGGGAUAUAUUAACGCAGUCGUGCAAGAAAGGGUGUGCUUAUUAGUGGGUAGGUCGUACAAGUAUGUGUGUGUUUGUUUGUGAGUAGGUGAAUUAUUACUUUGCGAAACAGAAGUGACGUAAUAAGUGAGUGACGGGACUACCUUAAUUUAUACAUAUGCUCUCUGCGAUGUGAUACACCGCUUUGUGGUUCCUUUGUUAAAAAUAUGUUUACAAAAUAAAAUAUGAAAUCCAAAACUGUGACUAGUUUGAAAGCUUCGAUGAAAUAAAUGAAAAUUGACUUACACAGCUCCUAUAUUGUAUUGUGUUUUUUAAUGGACUUUUGGGCUUGAAUACUGUAUAAUUGUGAAUAGUCAUCAAUAAAAUUACUUAAUCUGUUUAAAAUCAGUGAUUCUUUGUGCAGGUUCUUC